AUGCCAUACCAGUACCAACCACUUCCGACUCUCCACAACUCAGAAGAUGUAUACAUACGAUUGCUGGAAGUUCACAGGGGUUCUCCAAGUGGCCCUAUCACCGGUCGACUGUAUACAACGUUGUUGUCGAAAGCUCCGAAGUUCUACGCCCUCUCCUAUAACUGGGGUCGUGAGCCACACAACGCUACCAUCCAUAUCACCAAUGCGGCCCCACCUCGUGAUCUGGAGAACGACAACAUCCUCGAAAUACCCCGCACGUUAAUACCGUUACUGUACGAGAUUCGAGGAUGGCGUUGGCAGAAAGCACGCACUCUGUGGGUCGACAGCGUGUGCUUGAACCAGAAAGAUGAUGAGGAGAAGACCGCGCAAGUACCAAAAAUGCGACAGAUCUACAUGAAGGCUUCUGUCACUGUGAGCUGGCUGGGUCCGAAAGAAGCGGGGGUAGAAGCAGCGUUCGAAUACGCUUCUGGACUACACACAACCUACCGACGAGAAAUGGCGGAACAGAAACAAAUAGUCUUGACACUGGAGGAAGAGAAAGAGAAAGAUGUUCGCGUUAAGGUCAAGGUAGGCGACCCGGCACUCGAGACGCUGCUGAGGUUGCUAGAUCGGCCUUACUUCGAGCGAUCCUGGAUCAUGCAAGAAGUCGUGGUUUCUAGUUCGGUGUGGUUCAUGUGUGGAAGCGCCAAGAUACCCUGGAAUUCGCUGCUGGCUGCAUAUCUGUAUCUUUUGACGAGUCAACUGUGGCUGUGGGAAUUUUAUGAAGGAGCUAGGCUAAGCAACGUCAUCCUCAUGAAGCUUAGUGAGAUGGAAUUUGCCAAUGGCGUCGAUCUCGAUUGGCCUGGGACGCUGCUGAGACAUCGAGUUUGUUUUGCCGGUGAUUCUAGGGACAAGAUUUACGCUUUCUACGGCAUGAGAUGUAAAAAGGCAUUAGAAGAGGUGGGAAUCAAGCCAGACUAUGACGGGAACCUUACGCCGGAGAUAUUGUACACUCGUUUGGCUGCGCGCACGCUUCAGAAGGGGCAAGUGGCGAUCCUCCAUGUGCCUCGUCUCGUUACUACCCCCCUCGAAGAAAGCGACCCGAAAUACAAACUGGCGCUCCCAUCAUGGGUACCGGACUGGCGGUGGACAGACGCUACUCCUAUGUCGCUGGUCAGAACCGAAAUGCUCGCCAAUGAUGCUUACACAGUGCGAGACUACCAUGCUUCGGACAACUCUUUAUUCGAACCCGGCUUCGCACUUGAGACGUCCAACUCACCACCAGACCCUGGUAUCUACCCAAUGGACUUGCCCAAGAUGCUGAGGCUGUCUGGAGUUAAAGUAGCGAAGGUCACGCAACUCACACCACGCCGUUGGCUAGCGCGCAAAGCCCCACUUCGCCAGUCCUUGCUUGAACAAGCACAGAUUUUACAAUUCAAUAUGCAUCAAGUUCAUGAGUGGGAGGCUCUAUUUCGACCCCAGCACGAUGAGCAAGUGUAUCCUGCGACAGGCGAGUCUGCAACUGAAGCCAUGUACGAGACCUUCAUGGCUGGCGAACUACAAAACACGCCAGAAGCUAAAAGAAGCGCUUAUGCCGCCUUUGAGAAGCGCCAGCGACUCUUGCGGCUUCUUUACGCGUUCAAUAUCCACGGCUAUUUGACAUGCUACAUCGCGGUCGUCUUGAUUGAGCGCAUGCUUCGCCUCUUUGGCUGGGUGAAUCCUGAAGCGCAGUUUAGGUCUAUGGUAGGGCAUAUGUUGAAUCGCAAGGGCGCGCGAAUGGUCGAUCUUGUAGACUCUAAGACAACUUAUCAUGCACUGGUACCCAGUAUAUGUCGGCUUGGAGACCACGUUGUGCUAGUUGGGGGCGUUAUGACACCGCUUAUAUUGCGGGAGGGUGUAGGCACGUGGGAGUUUAUCGGUGAUGCUUAUGUUCAUGGAAUCAUGAAGGGUGACCUUUGGGAGAAGAGCAAGGGAAAUUGUCAAGAUAUGUGGAUUGCUUGA